ACAAACACUAUAACCUGGAUGAGAAGAAAAUGACGAGUCACAUUAUUAUUCAUUACUUACUACACAGUAAAAUAUUCCACCAAUACACAACUCUGUUACGUGGUUACCUGAGGCAUUCAACUCUUGGUCUCAUAUUUAAAGCUGGCAAAGGACUUGUAGCCACAUUUCAAAGUUUGUGGCUGUGACUCUGAAGUUCUUCAUUUGGACCUGUGGCUUCAGGGAAAUCCUAUGGAGAAUCCAGAUAACAAGACACAGGUCGUUCUGCUGGCCUGUGGUUCUUUCAAUCCAAUCACCAACAUGCAUCUGAGGCUGUUUGAACUGGCUAAAGACUAUUUGCAUGAAACAGGAAAAUACAACGUAAUCAAAGGAAUCAUUUCCCCAGUGGGUGAUGCAUAUAAGAAGAAAAGUUUGAUCAGUGCCAAUCACCGAGUAACCAUGGCAAAGCUUGCUACAGAAAGCUCAGACUGGGUGCAAGUUGAUGACUGGGAAAGCAGCCAGAAUGAGUGGCUGGAGACACUCAAAGUUCUAAGAUACCAUCAUCAGAAACUUGCAUCUUCUAAUCCUGCUAACAGUCUGCAGAAUGCUGUACCUCUAAUAAAGCCAGGCCGAAAGAGAAAACAGGAAGCAAAUAGAUACAUUCCUGUAAAAAAGAAUCAACUGAGUCCAGAAACAAAAGGUGUCCCACAGCUGAAGCUGCUCUGCGGAGCUGACAUGCUGGAGUCCUUUGGAAUCCCCAACUUGUGGAAGCUGGAAGACAUCACUGAAAUUGUGGCAAACCAUGGCCUUGUCUGCAUAACCAGAGCUGGAAACAAUGCACAGAAAUUUAUCUAUGAAUCUGACACGCUUUGGCAACACAAGAAUAACAUUCACCUGGUAGAAGAGUGGAUCACCAAUGACAUCUCUUCCACCAAGAUCCGGAGAGCACUGAGGAGAGGACAGAGCGUCCGUUACCUGGUCCCUGAUGCAGUCCGGGCUUACAUUGAAAAACACAACCUGUAUAGUCCAGAAAGUGAAGACAGGAAUGCUGAGGUUAUUCUGGCCCCUUUACAGAAAUAUGCUAGGGGGUGUAAGCAGGAACAGACACUGUAAUCUAGCCUAUUGUUAUGCUGUGAAAACCUUAUGCUUUAACGUGGGAAGAUGUUUAAUCUGUUCUAGUAAAUCAGGUCUGAUUUUGUAGCCCUUGUAUGUAUGUAAGUACCAUUGAAUUCAAUGGGAGUUUUGUGCGUAUGGGGAUUGAGCUUUUACAGCACAGGUCUUAUC